AUGGCAGAGCUAGCUCUAUCAUCGCUGUCGUCUGGCCCUAAUAAUAGCUUCGUCGGUUGCGUCAGAGGAGCCUUCAUCCCCCUUAUUAACGCCAAUCCUCAAUUGGGAAUGUGGCAAGCUGCCGGCACCGCCAUCGCCCAAGCUCCCAAUCUCACCGAACUUCGUGAUGCCGAGUCUGGCGGUGAAAACAUCGCCUUCAACGCGCAGGGUCAUUCUGUUCGUUUUGCCGUACGCGAUCCGGACGGCGAAUUAACGCUGGUCCGGUCCAACACCCGUCGGCCGACAUUGACGACGCCUAAUUUUGAUUCUACGCCAGGCGAGGAGCCCGUCCUCUUCGCCGAUGUGGAUGAAUCCACCCGGGAAGUUGCUGCGUCGUCGAGUGAGCAUCAUCCGCAUUCCCAUUGGAAUCUGCGCGAGGAGCAUCGCCAUCUGCGACAGCGGUGUCGCAGCUUUUAUGAGAAACACAAGGGUGACGCAUGGGGUGCAAUGCUAUUCUUCCUACUCCUCAAAGCUGCUCCGGCCAUGAACCAUCCCAGCGCAGAUGACGACAAUUCGCCCGGCAAGAAAUGGCUCGAAAUCGACAGCCAGAUCCUCAAUGCCUUAUUCUGCGUAACAGCCUUCGGCCUAGCACCUUGGCGCUUCCGUGAUCUUUACCUCUUCUUUCGCGCUGUUCAUUGCAAGGAUCGCCCGGCCAUGCUGAAACUUGCCGAUCAGAACAAGUCCUGGUUCCGCCCACCAGCUUGGGCAACUGAGGAUUCGACUGAAGCGUCGGAGACGACGAGUGCUGGUAUCGUCCGCUCCGCCACAUUCACUGGGGAGACUGCCCCUCCAACGCCCGUCUGGGAACUGGGCUUUCCUAUCUGGAUGAUGUGGGAGGGGCGCAAGGUCAAGAAGAUUGAAGGACCCGAGGUAAAGGUUUUCCAGACAGAGGCAUAA